AUGGUACUUCAGUGCGGCGUCCUCUUAUGGGUUGUCAAUUUUUCUUCAGCCAACGCAACGGCCUCUCUGGGUGCCCAUGGCUGUGUACCUCAGAUAGCUUUAAAGACUGCAUUAUUGGACGAACUUGAACAGGAUAAAUCAAUCAGGAAUGUCUAUCAGCAGUAUGGGAACCGCAUUUUUGUUCCAGCGGAACGCAUGAAAGUGAUUUCAGAUUGCAAAAAAGAAUUAGAGAAACUGCAGCAUCAAAAAGACCAGGAGAACAGCAAACAAUCUUGA